ACACAUCCACACAGCGCCCUGCCCCUACGUCACGACCUACACCGUUAGAGGUUCUACAGAAAGUCAGAGCCUCAAAGAUGGCCGCACCCAGAACCAGUAACGUCACCAACACCGAGACAUCCACACGUCAGCACUCUUGGUGGUCCAGUGACUCAGAGUCCGAGUCUGAUGACGAGUCGUGUUGGUGUCUGGAGUGCUUCAAAUGUCGCAUCAUGGGAACUGAUGUUCCUCACGAGGACAAGUUCGCUGUGACACAACAGGGCGGUGACAAGAAGACGUUUGAUCAGGCACGUGACAGUGUCGGUAGUUCCCCCUGUCUUCAGUCCGUCAAUGCCAACGACAGCUCACGCCAUGGUGACAAGAGAACUGAGAGCUCCAAGCGUGUCCGUUGCAGCUUGGAGUCAAGUUCAGACGGAUGUAAACGUGUCAAGCUGUCAGGACAGAGCAGUGAGAUGACGUCACACGCCAGCUGUCCGUCCAACAGCCAUGACGUCACGUACAACCUCGGACAUGGAGGCUGAGGACAUUUGCAACGAUCCUACAGACGCGCAUGCGCACAGACGACAGAACGGCGUGUUUCUGAGAACAGAUGUCUUGCAUGAGAAAGACAAUCGUGAGGCCUUUGCGGAAGCCUCCUUGUUAAUCUUCAGGAAUGAUGGUAUAUUUGCCAUUAGACGAGCAAUACUAAUGGUUACUAUCUGAAUCUAGAAUUAUUGAAUAUAAAAAGAAGGAAGCAAAAGAGUUUCCAUGUGUGUGUGGACCAAAUCUUGAGAGUAUUGUAAGACUGUCUCAACAGAAUUAUGUAAUAUUUACAAACGGAAAUUGAUUUUAUUUGAUUGCUUGUCGCCUGAAUGCACAAGUUGUAAAGUAUACUGGAUGAAGAACAGUCAGACUUGGAGCAUGUGAGCUGAUAUUAUAAAUAUUGAUGUCAACAUGACUGAAUAUUAAAAUCAUCACAAUCACA